UUGUCGUCGAUAAAAACAUAAAGACUACACCCUAACGCAACCGUGCGUCACGUCUCAGUCCGGUGAUGGUGGUUACUGGUGCGUUUGUGCACGGUCACUACUGUGUGAAGAUUGGCAAAAUAGCAGGGCCUUUAGCGCCAUGCGUCCGAGGGGUAUCAGUGAACAGAGCUCUUUAGUUCGACCGCACGUCGGCUACACGGACGGUUGGAGGAUUGUAGCAUUCCUGCCAUUUUGCAACACUGGUGCCGCCGAGGGCUAACUUUGGUAAAAAAAACGUACGCAAUUCAACGUCUGAAUCUUUAAUUCACGAACUUCAACGGAGUCAACUCGCUGACAAACAACUACGGGUACAGCAGUGGCAAAAACAGCGAGGUUUGAAUCUCUUUGGAUACAACAAGGCGGUAUCGUAUCGGGGACAAAGACAGUUAGAUUCUGCCCAUCAUUUAUUCAUGGCGAGUUUAUCCCGGAGAUUUGUCAGCAACAAUUGUGACUGAUUCGUCGGUUGGACCGAACAUUGUGCGCGGGACAAAAACGCCGCUGUCAUUUCGGACAGAAUUGCUUUGUGACUCAGAAACGCGGCAAAACCGAGUCACAAGAUACGGUUGGAGUUGGGAGAGACAACGGCACAUCUUCAGUUGAUCGGAUAUUUUCUCUCAAUGAUUCACCAUGAAUUUCCACUCGGAUAUCUCUGUUUACCAACCUCGGUCUCGCGGGGCGUACCGCGGGCAGAACCGGGGGAACAACAACUACAGCCCCAGCCCCAACAUGGCGCACAUCCGCAUGCAACAGGUCAUCCACUACGAUCACAUCCACAACACAGAUCCGCGUACGAAGGACAGUCACCGUGGACAGUCCGGCGACUACUCCCCCUCUCCCCGUCCCCGUUUUACCAGCAUUGACCGUAAUGACGACGCCAUAAAGUACGAGAACGCUGGGACUGGGGAGGAGAGUGACUGCCAGAUUGUCGUUGUGAACGUGAGCGGGCUGAGGUUCGCUACACGAGCCAGGGUCUUCGACCGUCUUCCCGACACUCUACUAGGAAACUUGGAGAAGAGGAAAGAGCUGUACGACCCUGUGACCAGAGAAAUCUUCUUCGACCGCCAUCGGCCAAGCUUUGAGGCUAUCUUCGACUACUACCUGCGCGGAGGGCGGCUGAAGUGCCCCUACCAAGUCCCGCUAGACGUAUUCCUGGAGGAAGUCGAUUUUUUCGGACUCAGCGGCCACCCCGUGGAAGACAACCCCCAUCUUUCCACCAGUGCAGAAGCAGAGCCGAAACAUCCGCUCAAGAAGAAGAUAUGGCACGUUUUGGAGAAGCCAGCAGAGUCUUUGGUUGGUCGAGCGAUUGGUGCCUUCAUAGUGGCAGUGGUUCUUCUGUCGACCAUAUCUUUCUGUGUGGAGACCAUACCCAUGUCUGAACCCGUGUCGGAACCCCGGCAUGAAGUCGUCGACCCAAACUCCACAGAAAAUGACAGCGCGUCCCAGAACCCUAAGAAGACGGAGUUCAACUAUUUCUUGAUUGCCUACACUCAUUUCGCGUUCUUCUGGAUUGAGACGGUCUGCAUCGCCAUUUUCACGGCAGAAUUCACCGCCCGCUACGCCGUCACUCCCAAAACCACCGAAAAGUUCCUCAAAAACAUGACGAAUAUCAUCGACAUGGUGGCCAUCAUUCCGUACUUCCUAACCCUCAUCACCAUCGGACUUGCUGACGGCAUGGCGACUACAUAUACCCAGGGUACGGUCCACGUCUUCCUCCGCAUCUUUCGACUCCUUCGCGUCGUUCGGGUCUUCAAGCUUUCCCGGCAUUCCAAGGGGCUGAGGAUUCUGGGUAAAACGCUGCGGGCCAGCAUGAACGAGUUCGUCAUCCUGUCGUUCUUCAUGAUCGUCGCCAUGGUGUUCUUCUCCAGCGUCAUGUACGUCACGGAGGCCCAUCACCCGAGAACCAACUACACCAGCAUCCCGGACGGCUUCUGGUGGGCCGUGGUUACCAUGACGACCGUGGGGUACGGCGACAACACCCCUCUCACGGUUGGCGGGAAAAUCGUCGGUGCGGUGUGCGCCGUGACGGGACUGUUAGUCAUCGCACUCCCCGUACCGGUCAUUGUGUCGAACUUCAACUACUUCUACCGCACAGAAAGGGGAAUCAUCGGCCCUAACAACCAGCGUGCUGUAGGAGCCAAAAAGGACAAGAAAAAGAAGAAGUGUUGUAUCAGUUGCCACACGUGAUAUCAAAAUGAUUGAAGUGUCGUGUAGGUCAGUUGAUGACCUUAUUGUGUUUUAUAAUACUACUAUUAAUAUACUAGACAAAAAAGCGCCAUGCUUCGUCAUCAGUUCGGUCGAAAAGAAAAACAUUCAACUAUUAUAUAGUGUUUUACCGAACGUUUUGACGCCUAACAAAAUGUAGCCGUUAGAAAAAUAAGUGGACUGAUCUGUUAAACGAAUCAUGUUGUGAGGGAAAAAGACAGGAAGUGAAAGAUCAUGGAACCAAAAGAUCGAUGUUUGUGCUUGACUUUUAGAGAUGGCAGUUUGCAUUCUAUAUCAUAACUGAUAUGUUUACAAUCGUGAAAACAUGUCAGAUAUAUGUGUGCAGUUCCCUUUUUUUCACUGACGACCUGUGUACAUACUUUGCUUAGU